AUGACCUCCUCAAUGUUAGAUGAUGAACUUGUCAAGUAAGUACAGUACAUCACAUAUUUAUUCUCAAAAUCUGCCAAGUAAUCAUCCUCUGAAGUUUCUAAAAAUUUCCUUUCAAAUUUCCUGAGAUGACUUUGUUCUAAAUCAAAAUUGCACUUAUGUCUAAUUUACAAUUUUCUUUUCUCUUACCCAUUUGCUGGUUUACUGUAACUGUGAUGAUGUAAGAAUUCAUAUGUACACUGUACAUGUGUUAAUUCCUUGUAGGAGAUUGUAGGGUUGGACUGUAUUGUCUUAAUUUACUUUUCUAAAGUACAUUAAUUUUGUACUGUCACCUCAAAAGUUCAAGGUUGGAUAUGACCAGGCCUGUAUCAUUUUGUUUAGAAACCAUUCUUUGCUUCUGAGAAAUGAGGGAUAGGGCAGUGCUCUAGAGAGUUGGUAUCAUUCCUUGGAGUGUGAACCCAGAACUUUGUGGACCAGUUAAUUGCAAAUGACAUUAAAUUUGUUUUUUCUAAAUUUAUUUAUUUUUCCCCCAGUUUCUUUACAAUGUAUAAAACUUAGAAAAAUGACUGAUCUGACUUGACAAUUCAGACUGAUUUUCUUAAAAGCACUUGUCUCCUAGUUUUCACUCACACUUUUAAACCAAAUUUCAGCAAAUUCGUGAAUUGCAUGAUGUGGGGUGGUGAAAAGUCUUUAUCACAGAAAAUCUUUAAACUGGUAAGUUGAGCAGGUUAGUUUAUACAUGAACAUGCCCAUCAAAAAUUGUAAAGUGGUACCUUUUUCUCCCAAGGUUUGCCAGAAUAUGUUGUGAAUGGUUCAGAAGAUUACACUUUUUGUUAAGGAUCUAAGCUAAAACCAUUUUGGAACUCCAAAAAAGAAACUGGAAUGAACUGAUAAAUGCAACAUUAGCCAAUUGGAAGUUUUCAAACUUAUUUGUAUGAUCAUUUAUUUUCUGAAGGCUUAAUGACAGUUGCUAAAAUAGAUCACAGCAAGUUCAGAGGAGUUGAUUGUUUUAAAGAAUCAGUAGUUUGUGUGAUAGAGUUAAAUUUGUGCCAUACACACAAACCAACAUUCUGUUACAGCCAUACAGCCACACCUACCGGUAUUAAGUGUUCCUUUUUAUUCAAGUUAAGGUUGUACAGGCAAUUUCCAAGCCUGCAUGUAUACUGGAUAUUUUUGUAACCAUUCUACUUUUAUUUUAUUUCAGGCAAUGGAAGAGAUUAAGAAGGAGCAAUCGAAGAAGUGAGUUUCUUUUCUACUGAUUUUUGCAGGAGUAACAUUUCAACAGUUACUUCUUCAUGAUAUUUUUUGCAAUACUUCCUUACAUUGCAUCAGUCGAUAUGUUUUUGAAAUUCACUUUUUUUCUGGUCCUUUAAGUAUCUGUAGACAUCCAACUGAUGUGUUUUAUGACACCUUCCUGAAAAGAGAACACUUGCAUACAAUUGUUUGAUGCUAUGAAACUAAAAAAAACUGUGAACAUCAGAAUAUAUUUGGAAAGUCCUUUUUUGUUUCAAGGAAAAAACCAGGAACAUCACCUUGAUUAGAACAGUGGACUGCAAGCAUCAACACUAGUCACUUUUAGGAGACCUGAACUUUACUAACUGGUCAGUUUGCAAAAUCACUUGUCAGAAACCAACCAAAUUAGUCAUAGUUUUUACAAUAGCUCAUACUCAAUACCUUGCUUAAGAUGAAAAAGUGACUCGCAUAUUGUAACUGAAAUGGCAUACUAAUUGCAGCAGUUUAGUUUGGCAUAGUCAUUAUGCAGAACAGCAUGUAUUCUUUACUCUGUUGUCUUAAUUUAGUACUACUUAUUCUUGUAGGGUUUCUUAUCAUCAGCAUCUAUCCUUUUGUAUUUCAUACAUACUUUGACAAGAGUUUUACUCACAUGUCUGUAAUUUUCAGGUGCCAAGCGCAAUCAACCAACGGCGCCGUCGAUUUUUGGCCAUUAAAUGGCUCAUCAAAGCUGCUCGGGAAUAG